AUCACAUGCAAAACAAUCUACUCUAGAAGCUAUGGUAAAUGCUGGAAUAUCUAUUUCUAGUGCUGUUUCUUUUAUGGAAAAUGAAGCAUGUGGACCUAAAAAUUUAGGUUUUAUUAGAAAAGAUGCAUAUGACCAUUUGAGUCGGUUGAAAAAACAUACCAAAGUUGAGAAUGGAGAUGCCACUGCACUUAUUCAAUAUUUUAUAAAUAAGGCCAAUAAGGAGAAUUACUUUUACUGGAAUGUGCAAUUGGAUGAUAACAAUAGAUUGAUGAACUUUUUCUUUAGGGACUAUAAAUGUGCGGUUGAUUAUGAAUAUUUUGGUGAUGUUCUGUCAAUUGAUACAACAUAUAGAACAAAUAAGUAUAAUUUGAUAUGUGCUCCAUUUGUUGGUAUAAAUCACCAUAUGCAAAAUGUAUUGUUUGGCUUGGCCUUUAUGUCAGAUGAAACCGAAAGUUCUUUUGAAUGGUUAUUUAAAACAUUUCUUGAUUCUAUGAAUGAAAAGCAACCUCAAACUAUCUUUUCGGACCAAUGUCAAGCCAUGAUGAAUGCUAUUGAAAUAGUUUUUCCACAUUCACAUCAUCGUUUAUGUCAAUGGCAUAUAAAUCAAAAUGCCCCCUCACACUUUGGGAGUUUAAAUGGGGAUUCAGCUUUUAAAAAAUUAUGGCAUAAAUGCAUGACUUAUUGUGAAUCUGAAGAUGAAUUUGAGGUCACAUGGAGAUAUAUGAUUGAUAAAUAUAAUUUGGAUGGUCAUAAAUGGUUGAAUGGGAUGUACAGACUUAAAGAAAAAUGGGCUACUGCUUUUAGCAAUGGAAAGUUCAGUGCAGGACUUUUGGCUACUUCGAGGAGUGAGGUCACAAAUAUGAUUUUGAAAAAGGCAGGCAAUAAGAUGAGUUCUUUGUAUGAAUUUGUAAUGAAUUAUGUAAAGAUUCAAGAUAAUUGGCGGGUAAAGGAGAAGGUUGAGGAUACUCGUUGUCUUCAUGGUAAGGCUGGACAAAUUUUGAAAAACCAUCCAUUGUUGAUUCAUGCUGCUGAUGUUUAUACAAUUACUAUAUACCAGUUAUUUGAAAUUGAAUUGAUUAAUUCUUUGAAUUGCAAAUAUGUUGAACCACCAUCUUGUUUUGGUAAUGAUCAGAAUUGGAUCAUGAUCAAAGUAAAAUCUCAUGAUGAAAAUUCAAGGAUUAGGCAUGUGGUAUUCAACAAGCAGAAUCAUGAAAUAAAGUGUAGUUGUCAUAAGUUUGAGGUGAUGGGGAUUUUAUGUAAGCAUGCUUUGAUGGUAUUUAACUGUAUGGAUGUCACUGUUUUACCCAACUAUUAUAUUCUGAAGAGAUGGAUGAAAAAUGAAAGAAAUAGAGUUAACUCUAAUAUUCAAGAAAGUGGCAGCGGUGGUAUUGGAGGUUAUGUAUCUGAGAUGGUGUUUGUCAACCAAGUAUGAGAUCGAUAUACGAUUUAACUCAAUUGAGUAAAUCACAUGAGGAUGCGAGAAAAAUAUUAUGUAGGUUGGUUGAUAAUGCAAAAGAUGAAAUCUCCGAACUUGUCUUGAAGUUGAGUGUAGAUGAUGAGACACCAUGUGAUGAUAUUCGAAGUGAUGAAGUUUGCAUACGUAACCCACUUACUGCUAAAGCAAAGGGAGUUACAAAUGCAAAUAUUACACGACACUGGGAUCGUACAAGCAGAAAAAAAAAAGGAAAGGGAAAAGCUCAAAUUUCAAGUGCAAAAGGAACCAAAAGGAAGUGGACC